UUCUUUUUUUUUCCCCCAAGGUAUGAAACCUAUGUCCGAAAAAUUGACUGCUUCUAUUCCUUCCUUGCGCUUCAGGAUCGCUUUUAUAAAACUUAUUAGUGUGAUAACUUCUUUCUCUUUUAUAAUAAAAAUUGAAGGUUAAUUUAUUGGUAUCUUCUUCUCCAAUGGAAUCUCGAAGUGGUGUGGCUGAGGAAAAUACUGUUUCAAGUAAAGGGAUUCGAAAGAAGGUGAAGAACUCUGAGUCAGUAGCGUUACAGAGAUACAAGAUUGAUACUUACAACUUAGUGGAUCUUGAUAAGGUUUUGAAUGAUGUCUACUGCUCUUGUCGACCUGUUUCUGCUGACUACGAAGCUAGGAAGGAUACUUUGAAACACAUCAACGCAUUGGCUUUUGAUAUCUAUGGAGAUUCUAAGGGUGGCAGGCCGGUCCUCAAGGCGUAUGGGUCUUUUGCGAUGGAUAUGUUUUUCGCGCGGAGUGAUUUAGAUGUGUCUAUUAACUUUGGUGAUGGAGUAUCUGAGCUUCCUCGUGAUUCGAAGCUCCAAAUCCUUGAAAGAUUUGCGGAAAAGCUCCGCUCUUUGCAGGGAGAAGGGCAUGUUAGGAAUGUUGUAUCCAUCUUGAGUGCUAGGGUGCCAAUUGUCAGGUUCCUUGAUCAAAGGACUUCUGUUGAAUGUGAUUUGGCUGUUGAUAGCAAAGAAAGCGUAUUGAAUUCACGGAUCAUUCAGAUUAUAUCUCAGAUUGAUGACAGGUUUCAGAAACUUUGUCUGUUGAUUAAGCAUUGGGCCAAAGCACACGAUGUUAACAGUGCGUUACGCAACACUCUGAAUUCUAUAUCUAUAACGUUGCUAGUCGCUCAUCAUUUACAGACUCAAGAUCCUCCCAUUCUACCUCCAUUCUCUCUACUAUUUAAAGGUAAUAUCAUCACAUAUUCAAAGUUUGUGAAUAAAAGGACGCAGGAGUUCUUGAACAGGGAGAAGCGAAAUAAAGAAUCUUUGGGUAGACUCUUUGUAACGUUUUUUGUCAAGCUGCAAUCUGUAGAGUUCCUAUGGAGACAAGGACUCUGCGUCAGUUUGCGGAGUGGUCUUUGGAUAUCCAAAAGGUGGAGAAGAGCUGGUGUCGGGAUUAAUGUUGAGGAUUUUUUGGACGUGUCUCAAAAUGUUGCAAGGGUGGUUAAUGACAGAGGAGCUAAAAAGAUUUACAGUUCUAUAAAUCAAACUGUCGAGGAACUUUUUGAAUUUCUUAAUGGCAAGAUCGAUGGAGCACAUCUCAAAGACAAGUUGUUUGUCCCCCAACCCCUUGUGGAGCCUCCUCCUCCUCCUCCUGCGCCGCAAGUCGAAGUUUACCAUCAACCACCUCAUCACAUCUACAGAUGUGAUGAGUUUAAGGGUCAUCACAACAAAAGGCCUCGUUUUGGAAAUGGUGAUCAUAUCACCGUUCGCCAUAGGCAUGGUGGUGAAGAACCAAUCCAUGCAGCAGGUGACGACAGUCAUGCAAUUGAUCUGCCACCGCCACCACCACCUUUUGGCAGAGUUUAUAGAAUUUAUUGUGAUAAAUUCGGUCCUCAAAACCUCCCCUGACCUUUUUUCUUGCUCAUUCACCAACCAUUUUUGAAAGAUGAAUAUAAUUUCAUGUUAUAGAGUUGAGAGUCUUGAGACCCGAUAAGAAAAGAAGCAAAUGUAUUUGGUGUGGGUUUUUGGUUACUUGUGAGAGAAUACAUGGUUUUAUUAUUAUAUAUAUCUUACGCAGGUUAGCUGAAAAUUA